AUGUCGUCUUUCCCUCAGAGCCAGAUAGAGGAGUCUUGGCAAUUCCCACCGCAGUCAGCACAGCCACGUCCAUCGCUGUUCGGUGGACCCAGCAGUGAUGUUGGUUUGCCUUCUUCUCAGCCAGAGCCGCCGAGGAGCUCAAUUUUCGGUGGCCCCUUCUCUCAAUAUGGAAAUCUAGAUCCUGUGUCCGAAGCAGACCCCAUGGACGAGGCACCAGAUCAAGGCGAAAAUGAGGCCGACAUGAUCAUGCGAGACCAGUCCAUCGUAUCCCAAGAUGACUUCAUCGACGAUUUUCAAGAGGAGAACCGUGGCAGAUCUCUCAGACGCCGGACAAAGCCAGUUCAGCCUCAAACGGAGCCAAUCCACUACGUAGUUGACCGAGGCCUUGACCUGCCACCAGGCGUUGAGCGGCCCAAUCUGUUUACUGGGUUUGCCAACGCAUGGAGACACUACAACUCCGACGAUAUCGGAGCUCAUAAUGCCAUUAUUACUCACCGCAGUCGAGAUCUAUCGGCUCAUCUUUACAAUGCCCACGCACUUCGCAGGCGAACGCGUGGUAUUUCUCGGAAGAUACUCGAAAAUGACAAGAAGGCCCCACCCCUUGUACCUAGACGGUGGACGGCAUGGCCUGUUCAUGCUGCGAAAGUUCCUCGCGUUGAUGAGAUGCUCCGGAACAGACCGGAGGCUACAGAGAUAUUACAAAUGGCACCGGAUCCGCGACCGAGCGCUCAAUUGGAACAAUGCAUCACAGCAGUCAUGCUGAAGGCUUCGAAAGAAAGAUUCCAGGCGCGAGAGUGGGAUUUCGAAGAAAUCGUAGAAGAUCCUCCACGGAUCACGGACGAUUGUGAUCAGCUGAUGGAAGAUGAAUUGAAGAAAAAUGAAGAGGAUGAAGACGAGGAGCCUGUUGAUACAAGAAUCCUCGAGCCGAUCGUACAACUGGAUGAUGAGGAGGCUUCUCAUCAAGUGCGUCCGUUGGUACGAAAUGUCAUUUCUCAAGUAGAUCGGCUGCUACACGGGCUGCACUGUGCUAUGAAGAGUCGCCAAUAUGAAGACGACUCUGAUGGCGAGCAGUCGAGUGAAGAGGACGAGGAAUAUCCGACUGACGAUGAUCGGGAAAGCCGAAGCCGAAGUCGAUCGCGUGGUCGACAACACGAUCGGCAUGACUCAUACGAACGACAAACAUCAGUCCGUUCUAGCAGCGCACACACGUCUAGUGGAGCGGAAACAGACGAGGAAAGCCUGCGAGAUGUAUCUGAAAGCCGAGACCAAUCCCGCAAUCCCUCCGCAAGCCGUCAGGGCAACCGACAUUUCAGAAGCAGACUCAAAUUGCGCGAUUGGAGCGAAGUCAUGGGACUAGCAUCAAUGAUGGGUCUCCCCGCCCCGGCGGUGAUGCGCGCCUCAAAGCGAUGCGCUGAUCUUUUCGGAGAAGACAUUGAGUUCCGGACGAUGCCUGAGGGACGGGUACGAAAGAAGCGCCACAUAACUGGCCAAGAAGAAUAUGCCUACACCGAAAGUGAGGGUGAAAGUGAAAGUGGGAGCGAAAGCGAAAGCGAAAGCGAAAGCGACUUCCUCAGUGACCCCGAUCUUCCGAUUGUGCCGCCAAUAUCUAUGCCAGUUCCUCAACGCAUUGUCAACCCUACCGUUCAGCCCAAGUCCAGGACGAAAACAUCAGGUUCGCGACGCUCAAAGUCCAAAAUGACCCCCGCAAUCGUGCCUCCUUCGGAUUCUCCGUCUCCAUCCCCGGAAGGGCCACCGGAAUUCGCCGAAUCCGCCGCUGAGAACAUAGAACAACCUACUGAGGAGACCAGACCAGUGAAGUUGGGCGUUGGAAAAGGCCCUCAUCGCAAAGUGGAUAUUGUGUGCCCCAUCAGGAGUUGCAGUCGACAUGAGGACGGGUUCUCCCGGAAGUGGAACCUCAAUCAACAUUUGAAAAACACUCACGGAAUUCAAAAUGAAGCCCCCUGA